GAUCACACAAGCACGUGAACACACAUUGCCCAGAAACACCCGAUCUUUCUGCUUCUCUCUUCCGCCGAGUAGUCCUCUCAAAGACUUCGAGCUUCUCUCCCCUCUUCACUCGUUCCGUCGAGAAAUUCUCUCGUUCCCUCUUUUCAAGCGCGAGGCAUGGCGUCGUGGUGGAACCAGCUGGCGAUUCUCGGCAUUUGCGCGCUGGUCGCGGUGCUCGUCGCGCCGGCGGCGGCGAAGCGGCCCAGCAAGGAGGAGGUGAUCGCCGAGAGCGACUGGAAUCCGACGGACGAGACGCUCGGCAAGCUGGACCGCAAGGCCAUGCUCUUCCCCGCGGACGACGCGCUGCUCACCUCCGACUCCGCCGGCGCGGGCGUGAGCAUGAUGCUGAACCCGAACGCGGACCUGGAGGACGCCAAGGGGUACUGGAACUGGCUACGCGCCAACAUGGUGGACGGGCUCUACUCGGAGCAGGAGAUGAGCGACGCGCGUGAGCUCAAGGACGUGAAUGGCCGCAAGAUGGGCAAGAGUGAGGACGCGGCGGCGAAUCUGAGGGGGGGGAGGAAGAUGCGGUUCGGGAAGGCCAACGCGCAGAUUAACGACAUCCCAAAAAUUCGCCGUACUGACCCGCCUGCCGGAAUCAAAGCGUUUGUGCGAAAAGGCUGAUCAGCUCCGUAGGCCCUACAACUAUUGGAGAAAAUCUCGCGAAUCCCGUUCCGCAGCGAAAAUUGGAAUAUAAUCGCGCGAGACGGGAUUCGUGAGAUUCGCGAGAUUUUCUCCAACUAUUGUGUUUUCCUUGGUGCUCGCAUGUGUCUAGAUUACGCGUUCCUGGGUAGAGCUAUCUGUACUGGACUGGGUGGAGCAACGCAU